GCCAUUUUUCUUGUUGUGAUCCGACGGGCCGGAGGUAUCCGCGGCUCCAACGCUUGUGGAGAAAUCCGUGUUUAUACUGUUAGAAUUGAACUUUUCCCACUAUUUUGUGGUUUGCCGGAUUUAUUCUAAGCGUCAAAGAAAACCAAACAAAUAAAACCAAAUAAAGCAACAUGGCGCAGUACAAAGGAGCUGCCAGCGAGGCCGGCAGAGCCAUGCAGCUGAUGAAGAAACGAGAAAAAGAAAGAGAGCAGCUCGAACAACUCAAGCAGAAGAUUGCAGAGGACAACAUGGUUAAAUCCAACAUUGAUAAGAAAUUCUCAGCUCACUACGAUGCCGUCGAGGCAGAGCUGAAGUCCAGCACAGUUGGUCUGGUGACACUGAACGACAUGAAGGCCAAGCAGGAGGCGCUGGUGAAGGAGAGGGAGAAGCAGCUGGCGAAGAAGGAGCAGUCCAAGGAGCUCCAGCUCAAACUCGAGAAACAGAAAGAGAAGAAGAGGAAGGAGGAGCAGAAGAGGAAAAUUGCCAGUUUGUCUUUUAAUCCCGAGGACGAAGAAGAGGAGGAGGAGGAAAACGAAGAGGAAGAGCAGGACUUCGAUCUCCCGACGAAGAAGAAGAAGCUGGGGAAGAAUCCAGAUGUGGACACGAGUUUUCUUCCGGAUCGGGACAGAGAGGAGGAGGAGAAUCGUCUCAGAGAGGAGCUGAGGCAGGAGUGGGAGCUCAAACAGGAGAAGAUAAAGAGUGAGGAGAUUGAGAUCACAUUCAGUUACUGGGACGGCUCCGGACACCGUAAAACUGUCAAGAUGAAGAAGGGUAAUACCAUCCAGAACUUCCUGCAGAGGGCCCUGGAAGUCCUGAGGAAGGACUUCAGCGAGCUCAGGUCUGCUGGCGUAGAACAGCUGAUGUACAUUAAAGAAGAUCUGAUUAUCCCACAUCAUCACAGUUUUUACGACUUCAUCGUGACCAAAGCCAGAGGGAAAUCUGGCCCCCUGUUCAGCUUCGACGUCCACGAUGACAUCCGACUCGUAAACGAUGCCACUGUGGAGAAAGAUGAGUCUCACGCAGGUAAAGUGGUGCUGAGGAGCUGGUACGAGAAAAACAAGCACAUCUUCCCCGCUAGCCGCUGGGAGCCGUACGACCCCGAGAAGAAAUGGGACAAAUACACGAUCCGAUGAUGGUCUCCUCCGGUCUCUGGAAUCCUUGUUGCAGAUGUUUUGUUAUUUUCCAUCUUAUUUUACUCUCACAUUUCACCUACUUUUUUUUUUUUUUUUUUAACUAUUUGAUCAGGCUAUUGAUCGAUGCUUUUACGUUGUGUUUAGAAGCCUUUCUGAAUGAGGCCUCGUAUGUACAUAGCCCAUAACUCAUAAACGCGUCGGAGCAUCUGUGCUUAAUAAAAAAAAAAACUGGA